GGAGGAGGAGAGAGAAAAAGAAGAAGAAGGUGUGUGUGUGUGUGUUUGAAAGGGUGUGUUUUCAUGUUGGCGUGUCUGAAGUAACUUGAGGACACAGUUUCAUACAGUUGGAGCUGUCGUCUGCUGAGGAUCAAACCAGGUCCUCUGUCUUGAUCAGGUUUGUACUUGUUGACUUGAAGUGUUUUGAAGUGAUUUAUUUCACAGCACAGGUUCAGUGGAGCUUCUUAACUGGAGUGUUUUCUCAGUUUCAGCCUCUGAAUAAUCACUCUGUGUCGUAGGUCAGUAGAGUUCAGUUUCUCUGAUUAACAUGUUAUAAGUUAGUGUGGGAUUCAACUCAGAUCUUGUGUCUUCAGAGUGGAAAGAUGUCUGAGGAGGUGCAGCGCAGGAGCAGCAGUGGCAGUGGGACUGAUCUUCAGGAGCUGUGGGGGAGUUUGUCCACCCAGCUGAACCAGCUUUACGAAGACCCCAGGGUCAGGGCGCAAUCUAAACCCCCACGUGUCUAAAACAUCUCCAUGUGAAAGAAGAAAACCAACCAGACUGAAACUGUGUCUGUUUUUUUCUCUAACAGGUAACAAAGCUGAUGAACACCAGACUCGGUCUGUACCUCAGCAGUCACCCUGUUCUCGCCCUGACAGUGUUGCUGUUCAGCGCCCUGGCUGCUCUGCCUGUUGGACUUUUCAUCACUUUCGCUGUCGUGACUGCCGUGAUGUCGGCUGUCGGUUUUGUUUUCUUUGAAGGUGGGUGUAAUAACAGCUUUGUUUUUCAACGGUGUCAUCCACAGAGCGGAAAGAAAGUGAGGAAAAAUAGAAGAAAUGUUUAAAUUUGGGCACAAAAUCUGUUCAUAUCCUGGAAAAACAAGAAGAAACUUCACUCACUGUGCCUAAUUUGUGCAUAUUUUUAUAUAUUGCUAGACAUCUGUCCAUAAAUACACAUAAAAGAGUCCAACAGUGUCUUUCUGUGUCUCGUCAGUGUUCCUGUUGUUUGUUGGGGGUGUGACUCUACUGAGCGUGCUCGUGGGCAUCGCCUUGUUCUCUGCCGUGGCCUCGUUCAUCGCUAAUGUGCUUUAUUUCGCCAUCGCCAGCAUCCUCAACCGCUAUAACCAACAACUCAUGAAGGUAUUGUAGUGUGGGGGACGGCGAGGGUGGUUCAUUCAGAGCGUGUUUUUGGGUCCUGAUGUGGUUUUUAUGAAGGACGGCCCAUUAAAGUAUAAAAAAAAUGAAGGGACCACUCCAAAAUCUCUCUCUUUGCACCAGCAUCUGGAAGAAACUGAUCCAGAUUUGGUUGCAUCCGUUGCAUAAAAGUCCUGUGUGCAUGAAGCUGCAAUUUUGAGCGUCUUUGAAUUUCCCCCAUGAUUGAAUAGAAGAACCAGAGAGAAACUCAAUUUUGUGGUGGUCUGUGAAUUUUUUCCGGAGCUGUACAGACUGAGAGGAAGUCUGUAGUCAACGUUCAUAUGACGUCAGUGUCUACAUAAGUGAGUUAUAGACAUAUGAUCAUACAGGCUGAGUUUUAGAGCCUGAGGUCUUUGAGUCUCUGAGUGUAAGACAUCUAUCUCAUCUGUAUCGCUGAGCUGUGUAAAAACAGCCUGCAGUUAUUUUAUGCGUGUUUUUACUAAUAAAGACAUCUCAUCUUUGUGAGUCGUCUCUGUUAAGAUAAAAGAUGAAUUAAAAAUUGUUUCCACUUUGCAUAAUUUCUCUUCUUUCUGCUUUUGUCUGAUGUUUUUAACCUGCAGGGCGGCGUGUCAUUGGGGCAGAGUGAAGGACUAAAGAAAAUGUAGAAGUGGACAAGUUUUCAGUCAACUUUUACACAAAAAAGCUUGAAAAUCGGAGCGAGCCGGGGCUUUAAAUCAGCACUACAGAGACUUGGUGGAUCAGGAUUCAGAGGUUACGGCUCUGUGGAUGUGCUGUAUGGUGGCUGGACUCUGGGAUCUGCAGGCACAACUCCAAGAAAAAGACACACUGAUGGUAACCGUGUAUGUAAACUCUCACUUUAAUACAAAAAGUGUCUUUAUAUUUAGCAUGAAAUAACUAAUCAUUGAAACGCCUUAACAGAUAAACUACUGUAUCUGUGUUUGUCUGAAUGCUUGUUGAUGACGUGUCGGCUUUAUCGAGUAGAAGAGGAAAGUGGAAAUGACUUUACGUUGGUGCAAAAAGCCAUUACGAGGAUUAUGAGUCUGCAUUGUCGUGUAUGUGUGCAGGUGUGUGGUGCCUAUUAGGCGAAAAUUGCACUACAAAUCAACUGUUACAUGUUUAUGAAUGUGUUACUACAACAGCGCAAACCCCUUAAGCUGUGUAAAGGGGGUUGUUUUUUGAAUUGCUGUGGGUUACAGGUUAUAGUUACCCUGUUAGAAACGUAUAAGGAGAUAUAAAUGUCCAUGUUACAUAUUUUACAAGCUCUGCAGCAGAUGUUUAAAACUGGGAGGAAAUGAAGCCGUAAAUAUGCUUUAAUUUGUAAGAGAAGGCACUCCUGAACAAAAGCAAUAAAGUGAGGGUUAUAAAGUUUUUACCAGAAUAAAAUAUUGAUAAGAGAGUAUAAGGACAUGUAUUUUGUACGAUGCUGUAUGUAGUUUUCAUGAAUGCUCAUCAGAGUAAAAUGUAUCAUGGCUGCAAUUCAGUGUAUUUUUGGUGCUCGAUCAUCAUGCAAUAAAUUCUGAUCUGUCAGUUAAA